GUUGUUGGUCAUGAAGACGUAGAGCAGACCACAUUACAGAAUGGUGAGGAGCUGCUGUGGCCAAUUCAGCAGAUUAGUAUGAUGCUGGAUACUAUCAUGCUCUUGGUAUAAAAGUAUUGCAGAACCUCUUCUCUUCAGGAUAUUGACAAACCUUACCAUACUUGAAACAUUGUCAAAGUUACAGCAACGCACUCACAAGUAGAUCUCCAUCUUUCGCACGGAUAUACUUCAUCAUGGACGCAGCAGCCAGUGCCGUUAACAAGCUCUUGAGCAAAACUGGAGAGAAAGACACCACAGUUGAGCAAGAAGUCGCUCCAGCCGUCGAACACGACACCAUCGUGAAAGAGCAUGAGACACGAGAGCAGAAAGUCGUAGACAAGGAGAAGCACGUUGAUCACUAUCACACCACGGUUCAGCCUCUCGAAGACCGCGAGGUUCAGGAGACAAAGCACGACCACGAGCAAGCUGCUACGGAAUACCGCAAGAUCAACAAGGACACCAAGGCAGACGAGGCCCAAGCGCAAGCCGCUGCAGAACGCGAGAAGUUCAGAGACACAACCGACGAGGGCGUCACACAUGAGAAGAAGGUCAACGAGGGAGAAGUCGUUGGCGAGCAGGUUCACCACCACUUGCACGAGGUCGUCCAGCCCGUGAUUGAGAAAGAAAUCGUCAAGCCAUCCGUCACACACAAGACCAUUCCUGUCAAGGAAGUCAUUCAAGAACAAUCGCAGAACCAUGGCGUCACAAGAAAGGAGCCAAUCUCUGUCGAUGAGUUUACGCACCGUCUAGAUGGCGAAAAGAAGACUGAGCACAAGGUUGCUGGCGAACUUCCUGCUGAGCAGUAGCUGCCUUGUCUUCGUCUCCAACGACUAUAUUGUACGAUAUUACUUCAGCGAUACCAAUCCUCAACUAGCUACGGUUGAGUAGAGCCCAUGCUUGAAAAUGAAAGAUGAAU